AUGCGGCUGGCGUACGUCACAGUGGCUGUGCUAGCGAACCUUUUAGCUCGUGGUGAUGCGAUCUCACCUGUUGACGAUCCGAAGGCUGUUCUUGGGCUCGAUAUCGCUCCAGUGGAUCUCGUGGUGGACGGCCACGCCGACGGAGUCAACACGGAGAGACGUUGGCAGGACGUUCGUGAGCACAACGACUCAAACGCGGUACAAGUGGGCAAUGAGGAGAGAUUCUUUGGCAUCGCUGACAAAGUAAAGCUGCUAUCUUCAAAGGUGCGGCAAAGUGUAAUUGUGGGGAAGGACGCGGGCUUAGCGGUGACAGCUGCGAGUACAGCUAAAGCGCAAACUACUGAGCUCGCUGUACGACUUAAGUCAACCACUGAUAUGUCUCGUAUAGAGGUAGCACGGCGUUGGAACCAGAUGCGCAACACACCAACCUCUCAAAUGACCAAGAUCAACCUCACGGGUCUUUUAAAGACGGUCACCGACGCGCUAACGGUCGCUACAUAUAAGAGCAAGCUGUCGCUUAAUGCGAUUGCAUCAAAGUACAGAGCGGUCAUGGAUGAGCUUCCGGACAACUUAGCUUUUGUUUGGAAUAUGCUGGCUACUCAUCCGGUUGUCGCGGAUAUCGGUGCGAAGCUUCAGGAGCUGGUGGCUGACCUGAUUAUGACAGCUACGAUAUUCAUGAUUAAAGUGCAACUCAAAAAAUACUCAUCGAAGAUGGAGGCGACCAUAAUCCGAUUCUUCAACAAGUUUUCACCGCAGGGAAAACAGGUUUCUAUCCACGCAGAAGAAAAGACCAAGCGUACGAGGUUUGCAGAGAAAGUUACAAACGCGAUGCUUCAUCUCGUAGUCAAGGUAAUAAAAGUGGUGCUUAAGAAGCACAAAGUAAAGUACGAGUCGACGGCUGAUUAUCACCUGGGUAGCUUGGUAUCGCAUCGGAAGAUAAAGGCGGUCGGCUGGACCUCUGAUCCCACAACUAAACUUUCGGAACUUGCUGAAACAAUUACAAACUCGAUCAUGACAGCCCUGAUGUCAAAAUAUAAAAGGCUCAUUUGGAAUUGGGCAUCAAGUUUCGUGGUGAACACCUUGAAUAUUUUCCACACGUCAGGACCAAAUCGAAUGAAGAGUACCAUUCCUUUUGUGAGGAAAAUCAAAUCGACAAUCUUAAAGUUGCUGAGGAAGCUCACCGGCGCGAUGACGAAAGUUGCGGUGUCGAUCAUCAAAGGACUAAAUGAGCUGAUCGAAGGCGAUAAGUGA